AUGUUUUACUAUUGUGUGUGUCUAAGCCUGGUGGUUCUCGCUUCGGCCCAGGAUGUGGGUUAUAACUACGCCAGCGCUAGUGUUCCCGAGCCACAGGUGCUUCUCGCGCCACCCGAACCCGCAGCUGCUGCAGAAUAUGCCUCCACUCCAGUAGCUGCCGCCACGCAGCAACACACUCAGCAAGCUGCACCAGCCGCCGUAUACCAUAAGGAAUUCUAUAUCUUCACCGCACCCGCCGAGUCUGUCGUUCAUCGGUCAGUUGUACCUGCAGCUCAGCCCUCGCCCAUUGUAAAGAAACACUUGAAUGUGGUUUUGAUUAAGGCGCCUGAAAGCGGCAAAUCGCGCUACCAGCCACUGCACACCUCAGUGCCCCAUGUUACCGAAGAGACAAGGACGCAGAUUUACGUACUCAACAAGGAGCCCAGUCGUCAGGCGAUCAGACCCGCUGCGUCCCAGCAGCACAUUACCACAUACAAGUCCCACAAGCCGGAAGUGCAUUACCUCAAGUACAGCACACCCGCAGAGGCGGAACAACUGCAACAGCAGAUUGUGCAGCAAUAUGGCGGCGGUCAUGUGAUUGAAUUAGGCGGGCACGGUGCUGCCUCAAAUGUGCAUACACAAUAUCUUGCUCCAGCUGCAUCCAAUGUGAAUAAUCAGUACCUCGCGCCUGCCGCGUCCAAUGUAAAUAAUCAGUACCUCGCGCCUGCCGCGUCCAAUGUAAAUAAUCAGUAUCUCGCUCCCGCUGUGGAAGCUGCGGCGGCGUCAGUGCCUGAGCCAACGAACGCUUACAUUCCACCGAAAGCAUUCUUCAAACACUAA